AUGCACUUGACAACAGUCCUAAGCCUCGUGGGCCUGGUCACGGCUCAAUGCCCUUACGGACUUAACACGCCACCUCAAAAACGUGAAUCUACCGAUGCUCAUAUCAGUAGUACUAGCUUCUUGAACCAAUUCACAUUGAAUGAUACUAAUGCAUACUUUACCUCCAAUGCCGGCGGUCCCAUACAGGAAAACACUAGUUUGAAAGCUGGUGAGAGAGGCCCUACACUACUCGAAGACUUCAUAUUUCGCGAAAAGAUACAACACUUUGAUCAUGAACGGGUACCGGAACGUGCCGUGCAUGCCAGAGGUGCCGGUGCUCAUGGCGUUUUUACAAGUUAUGGAGAUUAUAGCAAUAUCACUGCCGCUAGUUUUCUAAGUGAAACGGGAAAAGAAACACCUGUCUUCGUACGAUUUUCAACUGUAGCCGGUAGCAGAGGUAGUGCCGAUACUGCACGCGAUGUUCAUGGCUUCGCUACCAGAUUCUAUACUGAUGAGGGAAACUUUGAUAUUGUUGGAAAUAACAUUCCCGUUUUCUUCAUUCAGGAUGCAAUUCUGUUUCCCGAUUUGGUUCACGCUGUCAAACCAUCACCGGAUAAAGAGAUUCCCCAAGCAGCAACAGCUCAUGAUUCUGCUUGGGAUUUCUUUAGUCAGCAACCUAGUUCUCUUCAUACUCUUUUCUGGGCCAUGGCCGGAAAUGGAAUCCCCAGAUCAUUUCGUCACAUGGAUGGAUUCGGUGUUCAUACUUUUCGUCUAGUCACGGAUUCUGGGACUUCCAAGUUGAUCAAGUGGCAUUGGAAGAGUAAACAAGGAAAGGCAAGUUUGGUCUGGGAGGAAGCUCAAGUCUUGGCGGGGAAAAAUGCAGAUUUUCAUAGAAAGGACUUAUGGGAUGCUAUAGAGAGUGGCAAUGGUCCUGAGUGGGAACUAGGGAUUCAGGUCGUGGAGGAAGACGAUGUGUUGAAGUUUGGAUUUGAUCUCUUGGACCCCACGAAGAUCCUUCCUGAAGAACUUGUUCCGGUUCAGAAGAUCGGAGUCAUGAAGUUAAAUGCCAACCCCAGGAAUUAUUUCGCGGAAACGGAGCAAGUAAUGUUCCAACCAGGGCAUAUCGUUCGUGGUGUCGAUUUCACGGAUGAUCCACUUCUUCAAGGUCGUAUAUUUUCAUACCUCGACACUCAACUCAAUCGCCACGGUGGACCAAAUUUCGAACAGAUUCCUAUCAACCGUCCACGCGUUCCGGUUCAUAACAAUCACAGAGAUGGUGCAGCACAACAAUACAUUCCACUGAACACCGCUGCUUACUCUCCAAAUACCGUCAAUAAUGGCUCCCCGAAACAAGCAAACCAAACAGUUGGCAGAGGUUUCUUCACCGCUCCUAUAAGAACCGUCUCGAGCAAUUUAGUCCGAACAGUUUCAUCGACCUUCUCCGACGUCUGGUCUCAGCCCAGAUUAUUCUACAAUUCCCUCAUACCCGCCGAACAACAAUUCCUCAUCAACGCCAUCCGAUUCGAAACUUCCCAACUCACAUCCAACGUCGUGAAAUCCAACGUGCUCAUCCAACUAAACCGCAUCUCACACGAUCUCGCCACCCGCGUCGCUUCCGUCUUGAACCUGCCUGUUCCAGACGCUGACGCCACUUACUACCACGACAACACCACAUCCUCCAUCACAAUAUUCGGCCACGAUCUCCCCACCAUCGCUACUCUCAAUGUCGGAGUCUUGGUCAGCGUUAAAAAUAACGCAAGCUUAACACAAGCGGCACAUCUCGCAACUGCAUUUUCUACCUCGGGCGUAAACGUUAUAGUCAUAGGGGAAAUCUUGACAGCCGGAAUAGAUGCUACAUACAGCACCUCAGACGCAACACUAUUUGAUGGGAUUAUCGUAGCAAAUGGCGCAGAGACCCUCUUCAAUGGAUCCAAAUCAACUUAUUUCCCGAUGGGUCGACCGCGUCAGAUCUUGGUGGAUGCGUAUAAUUGGGGUAAGCCGGUGGGAACUCUAGGUAAUGCAGUUGUGGCAUUAGAUGUCGCGUCGAUUUCGGCAGGAGCUGGUGUGUAUAGUAGUGGUGCAAAGGAUGGGGAUGUGGAUGUGAAGGGGUUUGUGGAGGAGUUCGAGGCGGGAUUGAAAACUUUUAGGUUUGUGGAGAGGUUUGCGUUGGAUGAGGAUGAGUAG